CAGUGCGGCAUUGUCCUGGGAGCUCUGCUGCUGAUUUUCUGUUCUUGGAUGACUCAUCAAUCCUGCAUGUUCCUGGUGAAAUCAGCCAGUCUCAGCAAGCGCAGGACCUACCCUGGCCUUGCAUUUCAUGCCUAUGGAAAAGCAGGGAAAAUGUUGGUGGAAACAAGCAUGAUUGGGCUGAUGCUGGGAACUUGCAUUGCUUUCUAUGUUGUCAUUGGUGAUUUGGGCUCCAGCUUCUUUGCCCGGCUGCUUGGAUUUCAGGUGUCGGGCAGUUUCCGGAUAGUCCUGCUCUUUGCCGUCUCCUUGUGCAUUGUACUUCCACUGAGCCUCCAGAGGAACAUGAUGGCCUCCAUACAGUCAUUCAGUGCCAUGGCUCUGAUCUUUUACACGGUGUUCAUGUUCGUGAUCGUGCUGUCGUCCUUCAAGCAUGGCCUCUUCAGCGGGCAGUGGCUGCAGCGAGUUAGUUACACUCGUUGGGAGGGCAUUUUUCGCUGCAUCCCCAUCUUCGGCAUGUCUUUUGCCUGUCAGUCUCAGGUCUUGCCUACCUAUGAUAGCUUGGACGAGCCGUCUGUUAAAAUCAUGAGCUCCAUAUUUGCUUCUUCCCUAAACGUGGUCACCACCUUUUACAUUACGGUGGGCUUCUUUGGCUACGUGAGUUACACCGAAGCCAUUGCUGGGAACGUCCUAAUGAACUUCCCUUCCAACCUUGUGACGGAGAUGAUUCGAGUGGGAUUCAUGAUGUCGGUAGCUGUGGGGUUUCCGAUGAUGAUUCUCCCGUGCAGACAGGCGCUGAACACCCUUCUCUUUGAGCAGCAGCAAAAAGACGGCACCUUCGCUGCUGGGGGUUACAUGCCGCCGCUUCGGUUCAAAGCCCUAACGCUGGCUGUUGUGUUUGGAACCAUGGUAGGAGGCAUCAUGAUCCCGAACGUGGAAACAGUCCUGGGCCUGACAGGUGCUACGAUGGGAAGCCUCAUUUGUUUUAUCUGCCCAGCUCUUAUUUACAAGAAGAUCCACAAGAAUGCACUUUGUUCACAGAUUAUACUGUGGAUUGGCCUGGGAAUACUGGUUAUUAGUACGUAUACCACCUUGUCUGCAACGGAGGACGCCCCUGUGAAGACAGAAGCGGUGGGCUUGGAGCGCCUGGAUGGAGAGGAGAGCAGAAUUGACCAGGAUUCGGUCAAAAUCCCAG